GUCCGCCGUGUCCCAGACCGGAGCAGAGAACGAGAAGCUGGAGAAAGGAGAGGAGAUGGAGAGCAAACGAGGAGGAGGAGAACAUGGAGGACGAGGAUGAUGGGAGAGGAGGGGGGAGGGGAGGACGACUUCACCGUACAGGUCGGGGCCACCUACUCCUGUAAGAGGAACGACGGCACCUACCAUGAUGCGGAGGUGGUGAAGACCAGAAUGAACAAGCAGGCCGGGCGGGAGGAGUACUUCGUCCAUUACGCUGGCUUGAACCGCCGCCAAAACGAGUGGGUGGACAAAACCCGAUUGGCACUGCCCAAGCCAGCGAAGGAGGAGGACGUGGGCAAUGGACCAGACCAGGACGCCUUGGACAAUGGAAAAACACCCCAGAAAACGGAGGAGGGCGAGCCUGAACCGAAGAAAGCCAAAGUGGAGGUCCAUGAAGCUCCACACAACAGCCCUGUCGUGGCCUCCGGGGAUUUUGCCGAGGAGUUGACCUGUCUGCUGUGCAAUGAGCUCUUCAAGGACCCAGUCAUGGUCGAAUGUGGCCACAACUUCUGCCGCAAUUGCAUUGACAAGGCCUGGGAGGGUCGGGAUUCCUUCACGUGCCCCGACUGUAAGGAAGAAAUAACCGACAAAAGAUACACUACCAACCGAAUCCUGGCCAACCUGGUGAAGAAGACUGCUGGUGCUGCUGCCACCCCGACCCCUACUAAACCUGUCGGGAAAGAAAAGGUCCGCCCCCUCGAGAAAUGCCCCGAGCAUGACGAGAGGCUGAAGCUGUAUUGUAAGGAUGACGGGACCCUGAGCUGUGUCAUCUGUCGGGACUCCCUGAAACAUGCAAGUCACAACUUCCUUCCCAUCCUGGAUGCCGUGGGGGUGUACAGAACUGAGCUGUCUGCUAUAGUGUCUCCACUAGAGGAAGCCCUCAAGGUGACUGAACAGCUGACCAACCAGCAGAAUGAGAAGAUGGAGCAGCACAGUUCCCACAUGAAGGAGUACCGGGAGCACAUUGUUUCGGAGUUUGAGAAGCUGCACAAGUUCCUGAAGGAGCGAGAGGAGAAACUGCUGGAGCAGCUCCAGGAAGAGGGUGAGAGUCUACUGAAGGAAAUGGAGACCAACGUGGCCAAGAUGCAGGAGAGUGGAAACAACGUCAGGCAGCAUAUCGCCGUGGCGAAGGAGAGGUUGGAUGAUACGGACUCCAUUUCUUUCCUGACUGACAUCAAGUCAUUCAUUGAGACGUGUCAGGAACAGCAAAAAGAGGUCAUGUCCUCUGCAAACACUCUCAUUGAGAAAGACUUGUGCCAGGGGACUUUCAAGGGACCGAUUCAGUACUCCUUGUGGAAGCAGAUGAAGUCUGUUGUUGUGCCGUAUCUGACUCCGAUGCUGCUGGAUCCUAUCACGGCUCACCCCAAUCUGAUCCUGUCCGACGGGCUGACCAGCGUUAAAUACGGUGACACCAAGCUCCCCCUUCCUGACAAUCUGAAGCGUUUCAGCCAGUGUAUCCUUGUGCUCGGCUCUCAGGGCUUCGAUUCAGGCCGCCAUUACUGGGAGGUGGAUGUGGGAGACAAGACCGCUUGGGAUGUCGGUAUGGCCAGUGAGUCCAGCAACCGCAAGGGUAAGAUCAAGCUGAAUCCCAAGAACGGCUACUGGGCAAUCUGGCUGAGGAGCGGCAAUGCCUACAAGGCCCUGGAGUCACCAUCCAAGAGCCUGUUUCUCAACUCCAAACCGAAGAAAAUCGGCGUGUAUGUGGAUUACGAAGGAGGCCAGAUAUCCUUCUACAAUGCCGAUGACAUGACCGCCAUCUAUACCUUCAAUGCCACCUUCACGGAGAGAAGCUGUACCCGUAUCUGUCUCCAUUCCUGCACGAUUCUGGGCGCAAUGCUGAUCCUCUACGUUUCGUUCAUAACU